UAGGGGAAGAGCGGGCCGGCCGGCCCUGGGGAAAACGAAGACUGUCGGGGAAGGAGGCGGCGGUCCAGGGCCCGGCCGCCACCCCGAUCAAGUAGGAGCAGGAGGAAGUGGGAGAGGAGGGGACCAUGUUACCAAGGAGCCGCCAGAAAAUAUCCACCACCGAACGUUUCGUCAAAGCUGUUCCUUUUCCUCCAACUCAGCGGCUCACAAUAAAAGAAAUAUUUGAAAAUGGGAAACCUAGACUUGAUAUCUUGAGAAACCACCUAAUAAGGGAAGGUCGACUAGACGAAACAGCAGCCUUAAAGAUAAUCACUGAUGGAGGUGACAUUCUGAAAGAUGAAAAGAAUAUGAUAGAAUUGGAAGCACCUAUCACAGUAUGUGGUGAUAUUCAUGGGCAAUUCUUUGACCUGAUGAAAUUAUUUGAAGUUGGAGGAUCACCUGCUAACACAAGCUACCUCUUCCUGGGAGACUAUGUGGACAGAGGCUAUUUCAGCAUAGAGUGUGUACUCUACUUAUGGAGUUUAAAGAUUAAUCAUCCUAAAACCUUUUUUCUGCUUCGAGGCAAUCAUGAAUGCAGACAUCUCACAGAAUACUUCACUUUCAGACAGGAAUGUAAAAUCAAAUACUCUGAGAAGAUAUAUGAGGCAUGCAUGGAUACAUUUGAUUGUCUUCCUCUUGCUGCCCUCUUAAACCAGCAGUUUCUGUGUGUACAUGGAGGACUAUCUCCAGAAAUCAGUUCUCUAGAUGACAUUAAGAGAUUAGACAGGUUUAGGGAACCUCCAGCUUUUGGACCAAUGUGUGACCUGCUUUGGGCGGAUCCCUUGGAAGAUUAUGGAAGUGAGAAGACCACGGAGCAAUUUAGCCACAAUAGUGUCCGAGGGUGCUCCUACUUUUUCAGUUAUUCUGCAGUUUGUGAAUUUUUGCAAAGCAAUAGUUUGUUAUCAAUUAUCAGAGCCCAUGAAGCUCAGGAUGCCGGGUAUCGAAUGUAUAGGAAGACCCAGACGACAGGCUUUCCAUCACUCAUUACCAUUUUCUCUGCCCCAAAUUACCUAGAUGUCUAUAACAACAAAGCCGCUGUACUGAAAUAUGAAAACAAUAUCAUGAACAUCCGACAGUUUAACUGCUCUCCGCACCCCUACUGGCUUCCAAACUUUAUGGAUGUUUUCUCGUGGUCUUUGCCCUUUGUGGGGGAGAAAGUCACAGAGAUGCUGGUUAGCAUUCUCAACAUAUGCUCUGAUGAUGAAUUGAUUUCGGAAGAUGAGGAAGUUACGGGAGAUCACUACAUUUCAAGCUAUCAGAAAGGAAACACAUUAAUUCGUAAGGAGAUCAUCAAAAAUAAAAUUAGGGCUAUUGGAAAGAUGGCACGAGUGUUUUCAGUUCUUCGAGAAGAGAGGGAAAGUGUGCUAACUCUCAAAGGGCUGACUCCUACAGGUACUCUGCCUCUGGGUGUCCUUUCAGGAGGAAAACAGACCAUUCAGAACGCCACAAUGGAACUAGUAGAGGCACAACAGAAUGCCCUCCGAGGGUUCCCAGCACCACACAGGAUCCGAAGCUUUGAGGAAGCUCGGGGCCUGGACCGGAUUAAUGAGCGCAUGCCCCCCCGGAGAGAUAAAUCAUAUCCUAAUGGGCCGAGGCAAGUGAUGUCAUCAGGGACCAAGAGCUUGACCAAGAAAGCUUAGUAAUGGCUCUAAACAACUUCUGUGGCACCACUAAUGGAUCCAAAACUUAAAAGUAAAUUUUAUUUAUUUAUUAUUGGAAAACAAAAACAGACUUAAACCUGGAGGCACAUUCUUGAUGCAGUCUGCAUUUAUUCUGUAAGAAAGGUGACCAUUUUGUAAAUUUUUUAAAUUUAUGUUCAAUAUAAAAAGUCCCAUCUUUUUUUUCCUUUGUAAAAAUUUUUAGAAAUUGGUCUGAUAGACAUGAAGUGUUGUGCUGUAAAAGAGGCACCUGUUCGCCACUACCCCAUCCUUUUCAUACAAGGACCUUUGGAAAUAACAACUCCGAGUUUCUGGUUUGAACCAGCCAAUUGGUCCUCUCGUUUUUUGAAAGAGAAGUUCAACUACUUUUUGCCUAAGUGCAACUGCUUCUAAAGACAUCAAUUCUUCAUAAGGUCUAAUAGAUUAUGGUAAGCGAAACCUGUUUUUCUGAUUGUGGCAAACUUGAUUGGGAUUUAACUUAAAAGUGGAUAACACCAAUCCUAGGGAUAGCUUAAGGUCCAAAUGAUGUAUUUACCAUAAUGGCCUACUUUCUUCUGGACUCCAGUUCCUUUUAAUGUAAUCCAGUGGAGCAAAAAAAAAUAAUCAUUAUAAUAAAGGAUACUCUUAGGAUUACUUAAAUUUGUCAAUUAUAGUAUAGGCAUGACUGGUUUAAGACUUCCCUUUAAGAUUUUUGGGAGGAAGAAGUUUCCAGAAAAACUCAUGUAACUGUCAUGGAAUACUUUCAGACAUCUGCUUUCAUUUUUAUGCUCCAAGUGUGCCACACUGCACCUACAACAAAGAAACAAUAUUUCUAAGUGUUUUCUAAAUGACCUCUUCAAAACAUUUUUGCAACCAAGAUCCUUUUUAUCCUUUUGUUUUAUGUCAUUAUUGUCCUAUCCCCCUUCCAGGUAUCUUUAUUCAUUUCUGACAUUUUCUACAUUUCUGAUGAAAAAUGGGGCAGUAGAAAUUGACUCUGGGUUUGCAGGAUCCCCCUAUGAAACAGAAACUUUGACAAACAACUUUGGUUUACUGAAGUUCAGAGAGAGUUUUUUACCACACUCUGAAUAAACCACCUGACCAUUUUUCUAUCUUUCAUAACUCUUGAUGAGUUGCACUCCAUGUGAUUGAUCAUCACUAGUAUUCUGGGAACCCAAGAACAAGAACCAGUAUCAUAGGCCAACAGCCUUUCAUGUCUGUCUUUACUUGAAUAACUUUUGAGUUCCCUAUCAACUGGUAAACACAUUUUCUCAGAUCCUUCAAAUUUCCAUUUUUUGGUUAAGCAAAUGGUCUCUGCUGUCUUGCUUUAAUAGCUAUCAGCCUUGCUAAUGAAUGCAUUCUCAUCAGUGCUUAAAAAUGACAUUUUCAGAAAUUCCUUAGUUUCCUAUGUUGGGGCAUUGUCACCUCAACAUUGUUGCAAGUACCUUAUGCAAUAUAGAAUAUGUUGGCAGUUUUGAGGAUUUCAAGGGCAGGUAGGAGAAUAUAAAAAAAACUCCUUUCAUUAAGAGAUGCCCUGUUUUCCCCUAAUAUUUGUACUGAUUAUACCCAAUUUCCUCCUUUAUGACAAUCAAAGAUCAUCAGGGUGUAUUUAACCAUUUAAAUGCUGUGGCAUGUGUCUGUCUUUGUUGGUGGGAAGAUGAUAGGAGUAGUAUGAAAAAAGAGAUAAAGGGACUCUUAUUUCUGAUUUAGAAUCUUGUUAAAGGAAUUGGGGGAGGACACUUGAAAACAAUAUCUUUUUUUAUAUUCUUUGAGGAAAUUGAUCAGCUAGACAAUCCUCAUACCUUUUCUCACAGUAUUGGAAAGGAUCACUGUCUUUGGGAAAGUUCAACCAAUAAAGUUGGAAAAUACAAGAGAUUACACGUAUUUGAAAAUGAA